GUUCAGAAGUCAAAAGUCCCAGUGAGUGUGACUAAUGUGAUAUGACGCAUUCCUCUAAGGACCUCCGGACUGGCCGGGGGACCUCGCCUCGUGUCACCAGGCCGGGCAGCAGGAAGAUACCCCACGGUGGGACGCAAUGGCCCUACAGCCCUUGACCGCGAACAAUAAUGCACUCGUAGUGUUCUAAUUGAGGAGCUCCUUUCCCGGGAAGAAAUCAGGGGUCUGAUAAGUGUUGGAUAGAGUGGGUCCAAAUGAGGUCGAGAAAGAACGAGGCCAUCCCAUGUUUGCCUUUUAACUUUUUUAUAUUGCAGAAUCGACUGGUGAAACAAAUUAUCAAAAAAGGUUUGAGCCUGCGCACCAGCAGUCUCGGAAGCAAGGACUGCGAUGGUCUGGGUCGCAGUUUCCGUGAGACUGAACCGCAUCGGUACUGCAUCGAACACCAGGCGGCGCAUGCCGUGCGCGAGAGAGCGACCAUUGUGCAAUAAUCCUUCGGAAUGUUUAGAACAAAUAAUUCGUCCCUUUCAAAUAUCAGGCUGGCCGAAUCAGUUUUUUACAGCUUUGAUGUUGUCCUUUGGACAGAUUAACAGCUACGGAAAUACCAAAAACAGAGAUUCUGCAUUUACUCCUUCAAUCAUUUCGCCAGAUUCCAGUAUCAGUUCGCGGUACUGUAAAGGUCAUAUCCGUUCAAUUCAUCAAUCUAAAUAUCGCAUGGGUGAAUAUACGUCCGGCUCCCUUUAAAUGUGACGUGUGAUGCCCAAAAGGGUUCAACUGUACUUCUUUCCAAUUCGUCAUCAUUUUUGACCACCCGCUGGCCACAGCGUAGUGUUAGCCGCGGGGCCGACGCCGUGCGGCCUAUGGAGCCUUUAACGCUUAGCAUCCAGAUCUGUGUUGCUAAGAUUGGCGGGCGCGCAUGCUCGAACUACGUCACAUCACUUGCAUCACUAAUCAAUUCUGACUGAAUGUUAAAAAUUCUGGGCAAACAUGGACUGGCCAUGUUUGCCCCAUUUCGAUCUACAUUCGCGGGGUCCUUCAUAUCUCUACACAGCCCAAAUAAAGAUUCCGGCGAAGACUCUGAGUUUCGUAAGGUUAGAAAGUGUUCACAGGACCAUUGUAAAAUGAUGAGCGCCGGUGAUCUAAGUAAGGGAUAAGGUAAGGCUCCAUCUCAUCCUAUAGGCCUGAAAUGGUCAUUACUGGCCAAAACGGCUGUAAAGAAGCCCAGAACCAGCCUAGUUCCGUGGCCGUAUCGGCACAUGAAACCACAAUGGCUUAGGUCUAGAGACGAGCAAGGCUGUGAACUGCGUCGAAUGAUUUUCAAGAUGGCUAUUUCAUUUUUUUUAAACCCAUACAAAUGUGAAACACUCCAUUCAACCGUUUUCAAGCUGUCUCACUCACUGUCUCACCGUCUAUUCAAUUGUCUUUUACAUCGAUAGACAUUGCCUAGUGACGUAGCUGUUCUAGACUUUCCGGAAUAAUGGUUGCAAUCACUUGGUUAUCACGUGUGGAACAUGAACUUGAAGGUAUAUUUCGAUACUGUGGUAUAUUCCGAGCAGACGAUAUGCCUCAACAAAGUUGCAUCAUGCUUUAUUUUGAUUGAUGGCCCUAGGCAUGACCAGUUUUUCAUUUAAAUCAAAGAAGUAUUUUAAUUUGAAAUAAAGAUAAAUUUGAUCUAUGCAAUCAAACAGCAACGAAUGACCAAUUGUACACGGUGAAGCUGAGUGGUGCCACAAGCACCGUACAACGACGUGCAGGAGCGAACAGAGGACAUCACGAGUUCUUCCAUCACUCGCCGCAAGAUGCAGCACUGAACGGAUGUGAGGUGGCUGGCGUGGGAGACAGCAUGCUGCCCGGCCGAGAAUGGUGCGUCCUGCUGGCGAUGGUGCUCUGUCUGCCCGGGAGCAGGGCAUCCUGCAACGCAUUGUUCGACAGAAAAAUACUCAAGCAAGUUGUCCAGGAGGCCAUCGCUGAGUCUCUCUCUCAGGCUGGCCUGACCGCAGGGGGCGGCUGCCCGCACGGCUUCGUGCCGUGCGCCGGCCGCUGCUACACUCGCCUGAAUGCGGCCGUAGACAACGACCGCGCCGUGCGACAGUGCGCCACGUUUGGCGCCCACCUGGCCGUGCCGCGCACCCACAACCAGAACCUGUGCGUGGCGGGGCUGGCCGGCCACGAGCGCGUCUGGCUGGGCAUCACGGACCGCGAGGAGGAGGGGGUGUUCAAAGCUGCCGACGGGGGCGUGGUGACGGCCAGCGAAGCGCACUGGUCCAAAGGACAGCCGGACAAUUAUAAGAAAUCCGAGGAUUGUGUGGAGAUGUGGAACACCGCCACUUCGCGAAAAAUUAAGUUUGGAGAGUGGAAUGACAUUCGGUGUAACUUUCACGCCUUCCCGAUGUGUCAGCUGGACUCGAGAAUUCAUACUCCCGCGAAAUAACGCUUUCGCUUAAAAAAUGCUAAAAAAAAAUAGGAUUAUGACCGCGUCAGCUUUGCCAAUCUGCCAGACACACUGGUUCGGACGAAUUAGAAACCAUUAAAUCCGACAUGCGUCGCUACUUUUUCCAUCAUUAAGAAACAGUGAGAUCUCGUUCAAUGACGGAUCGAAUUAACCGUUGACGUCAUGUUCGCUUGGAGGAGCCCAUUUCACACACACGACGAAGUUUUAGAAUGUCUCGUCGGUUUUCCGCUGGGAGCGCAACUUCACGUUCGGCUAACGGAGAGCACUCCAGCGCACAGAAGCAGUGCAUCGUGCGGAUCCAGUACCCUAUCGCUCAUCUGUCUGCUUUAUCACUGAAUUCCUGUUGUUGAACGUGACGUGUUACCGUCCAUUGUGCUCAAUGAGACGCAUGCUCUAAAAUAAUUGUCUUGACCACUGCAUUAUCGAACUGUAAUAAAUGGCGUCGAGUUGAAAAA